AGCCGAAGCGGAAGGAGCAACUUGUUUGUUAUCGUGAGCGCUGCUGCUGUUGUUGUCGUGUGGAGAUGACGGUGUGUAGUUACUUUCUGGAAGGGAGAUGUCGGUAUGGAGAUAAAUGCUGGAAUGAGCACCCGAGAGGAGGGAGAAACCACCCGAACCGCGGCGGGGGAGGCUCAGUGAACCGGGUGUGGGUGAACCCAUCUCACCGCUCAGGGGGAGGCAUGGUCCAGCCCUCAUCUUUCUCCCAUGGAGGAGGGGAUUGGGGCAGAGGGAGCAGCGGAUCAGGGAGAGAUGACCAGAACUUCAGCUUUAACACACAGAACCGGUUCUCCACCCUGAGCAACACGCAGAGUGGAUAUGGGAGAACCGGAGGAGGAGGAGACGAUACUGAUAAACAGCUAGAGGUGAUUCAGAAGGACAUGGAGAUGUGGCAGAGCUCGGGACAAUGGCUCUUCUCCUGCUAUUCCAUCCUCAAAGCCUCCAUCACGGGGUUUGUCGAGCUAUCUCCAGAGGAACUGAGAAUGGAGUACUACACCAGCAGAGCCACUGGAGACCUACAGUCUUAUGUUAAUUCAGUCCAGCAGCUGGCCAAUCAGUGGAGAUCCAGAGUUCAGGAACUGAGAAGCAUGAGCGCGAACACACGGACCGCCAUGAUAGCAGAGUUGAACAACCCCAGAGUUGCACAGGCAUCCUCAGGUGGAGGGAUUUUCAGUUCUUCAGCAUCGACAGGGUUUGGAUCUUCAGCAGCGUCGACAGGGUUUGGAUCUUCAACAUCUGGGUUCCGAGUUGGAGGAUUUAGCUCGAAUGUUCAGAGUAGUGCUGCUGGGUUCAGCUUCUCUGCAUCCAAUCCCGGGUUUGGAUCAUCCGGGGCUCAGCCAGCUUCAUCUGGGUUUGGCUCGUCGGCUCCCUCUGCCUCUACCUUCUCCUUCGCCGCGCCUGUAGGAGCGACGGCGAGUAAAAGCUCUGCCACAGGGUUCAGCUUCUCGUCUGCGGCGGCAGGAGGCUUCAGCAGCUCAUCCACUGCUCCUGCUGGGGGGGGAUUUGGUGGUGGAGCGAGUGUGACUGGGAGUACAGAGGACAGGAAAAGUGGAGGAGACAGCUUAUACACUGCUCAGAGUGAACUCUCAGAAGACGAGCUCCGAGAGUUCACUGCGAAACGAUUCACACUGGGACGGAUUCCACUCAGACCGCCACCUGCUGAACUGCUCACUGUCUGACCUCUGACCCUGAAACGAGGAGGCGUUUUACUGAUGAUGAAGGUUCUGUUCUGUGAACCCUGAAGGUGGCUGAUGUGUAGAUUGGGGAAGUGUUCAAUCCUAAUCUCACUUACACUCAGAUGAAUUAUGGACUUUUAGACUAGUUUUAUAAUAAAUAUAUUAAACAUUUAAUGUGUAUGUGAA